AUGACGAAGAACAGUAACGAGAGUCAUCACAAAGAAGUCAGUAUCGGCAUCGAACUUGGCGACCUCACUCCCCAAGGGAGAGUACGAGCAGCAGCAAUACAUGGCGCGGCCAUCCAACUUCCUCCUCCUCGGCUGGCUGAGACGGAGAAGAAAAGCCUCGCUCGUAGGAAGUGUAUCGAUCCCAUGAAAAGAUUCUGCGAGAAGCGUCCUAGAUUGUCAUUGAUUAUCUUCAUCGCAAUCGUGUCUUUCUGGUUGCUUGCGAGCAUCGUACUUCUCACGUUGUUUAUGGGACUUUUCAAAGACCCAGACAUGACGGACGGGAUGCGAGAUGAGAUUGAGCACCUGCCUGGAUACAAUACGGGGACUUAUCUUUAG